AUGUUACUGACCAACUCAAUUGUGAAGUGCUGGAACUUCACUGUGUUCUGCAUGGUCGCCAUGAUGGACAGCGUAACACUUUUGGCCCAGGGCACAGUCAACAUGUUAGGGCGCUGGGUGCACCUCUUGGGAGGUGUUCUGGAGAGUUUCAAAAUGGUGUGCUACUUGUCCUCACAUGUUCUCCUGCGUGUCAGGGAUCUGUUCCACCGUGGGCUGCUGUGUGGCCACUGCUUGCUGCAGCAGGUGUGGGAGGGCUGUGGCAUUGUGGUCAGCCUGGUGUUCUACCUGGUCAACACGGUGGUCAACCUGCUGCUCAUCGGGACACAGAACGUCUACUCUGUUGUAGUCAGCAUGUGGGAGGCGGUCUCCUGCCCCCUGCAGAAGGCUGUGGAGCUCACCCUCACACUCUUCACCUUUCUGUACAGCAGCCUGGUUGGCACCUCAGUCGUUCUCUGGACUCCCAUCAGGCUGGCCCUGGAGUUCCUGGGCUCGCUCGGACACAUCUUUGUCAGCGUCUUCCUCCUGAACAUCUAUGGCCUCAUUCUCACAGCGACCAUUGUUGUCACCGCUACAGUCUACAUGAACCCUGAGCUGACCAGUCUUGGAGUCCGGCGCGCCUUCGGUUUUGUCAACUCUGUCCCCACCCUGCAUCUCAUACAGAGGGCGCUCCAUCGCCUCUACGUGCUGGAGAGGGGCGUGUGGCAGAGGCUUCAGCGGCAGGCCAGCCGCCUACACCAAACGAUAACACCAGUCUACAGGAACAUCAGAGUGAGGGGUGACGGCCACACCAGGCAAUCUGAGCCCAGUGACAGAGAGCAGGGGUCUCUUACGGACAGUAGGGAAGGAGACGCAGCACCACCCGCUGAACAUGCUGCCCGGCCCGGCCAGCUAAUGGAUGACCUGUGGGACCUAGCGUUCCCCAGCUCCAGCAGCACAGACAGGCCUUUACAGAAACUCUCCUCGGGGGAGGAGUGCUGCAGCUCCAAGGGUCCCCCGGCCGACAGCCUACUGACUCUGCUCAAGGAGCAGGAGGAGAGGAAGAAGUGCGUCAUCUGCCAGGACAGCACCAAGACAGUGGUGCUGCUGCCCUGCCGCCACCUGUGUCUGUGUCGGGACUGUACUCACAUACUGCUGCGCCAGCCCGUCUACCAGCAGAACUGUCCGCUCUGCCGCCAUAUGAUCCUUAAUACCAUGGAUGUGUAUCUCUGA